AUUCUAGUUGUUAUAGUAACAGUGGAGCCCAAGUUUCUCCUAAAGCAUUACCCAGCUUUCCUUGCCCAGGCAGAAAAGAUGGCAGAGGGAGGGUGAACCCAGGGCCCAUCUGUGGGUAUGGGCUCCAAUUUCCUAAAUUGUUUGUGGUUAUAACCAUGGCUUCCACCUUGUCUGGCACCGGGUCCACAUCUUUUAGAGCUGACAGCCACUUGUUUGUUUCAUCUUUCCUGAGAACUAAGAGAGGUUCACCCAGCUCAGUUCUUCUCAAAGACACCCCAUCUGUGCAUUGUGCUUGUUUGCUCAUCCAUGAAAAGAGGAAGAGAGAACAGCCGUGGAUGUGAUGUCAGAGCCCUAGAGAAUAAGAGAAGCUUGCUGCUGGUGAGGGGGUAUGGCCAGGAUUCCUGGAGUCGGAAGAGCUUCUGCUUCACCAUCUUGGGAGAAGAAGGAAGAAAGUGAAAGCGAUGUGGUCCUUCUUAGUCCCAAGGACCCUGACAGAGGACACGCAGAGGAGCAGCUGGCUUGCCCGGAGUCCUCCGACCUUGACCCAAGCAUGCAGGGCCCACCCCACAGCCUCCCUGCUGGGCUCAGCCUGGACGACUUCAUCCCUGGCCACCUCCAGUCCCACAUAGGGUCUUCCUCCCGGGGGACACGGGUGCCCGUGAUCCGGAAUGGUGGCUCCAACACCCUUAAUUUCCAGUUCCACGACCCCGCGCCCAGGACUGUGUGCAAUGGGGGCUACACACCAAGACGAGAUGCUUCCCAGCACCCGGACCCUGCAUGGUAUCAGACCUGGCCAGGCCCUGGGAGCAAGCCCUCUGCAAGCACAAAGAUCCCUGCCUCCCAGCACACCCAGAACUGGUCAGCCACGUGGACCAAGGACAGCAAGCGUCAGGACAAGCGCUGGGUCAAGUACGAGGGAAUCGGGCCCGUGGAUGAGAGCGGCAUGCCUAUUGCCCCCCGAUCCAGUGUUGACAGACCCAGAGACUGGUACCGGAGAAUGUUCCAGCAGAUUCACCGGAAAAUGCCAGACCUGCAGCUGGACUGGACCUUCGAGGAGCCACCCAGAGACCCCAGGCAUCUAGGAGCCCAGCAAAGACCUGCCCACAGACCCGGCCCGGCAGCAUCUUCCAGUGGAAGAAGCUGGGACCACUCUGAAGAGUUACCUAGAAGCCCCUUCAACUACAGACCUGGAGCAUUCUCCACUGUGCUGCAGCCCCCAAAUCAGGUGCUCAGACGCCGGGAAAAAGUAGACAAUGUCUGGACGGAAGAGUCCUGGAACCAGUUUCUGCAGGAACUAGAGACUGGGCAGAGGCCCAAGAAACCGCUGGUGGACGACCCUGGUGAGAAGCCCUCCCAGCCCAUUGAGGUGCUGCUGGAGAGAGAGCUGGCCAAGCUGAGCGCCGAGCUGGACAAGGACCUGCGGGCAAUUGAGACCCGACUGCCGUCCCCCAAGAGCUCGCCGGCGCCCCGACGGGCCCCGGAGCAGCGGCCCCCGGCCGGCCCGGCCUCAGCCUGGAGCUCCAGCUACCCACAUGCACCUUACCUGGGUUCCGCCCGGUCCCUGAGCCCCCACAAAAUGGCUGAUGGAGGAAGCCCCUUCCUAGGUCGGAGGGACUUUGUCUACCCUUCCUCAACCCGAGACCCUAGUGCCUCUAACGGAGGGGGCAGCCCAGCCAGGAGGGAAGAGAAGAAGAGGAAGGCCGCCAGGCUCAAGUUUGACUUCCAGGCGCAGUCCCCCAAGGAGCUGACUCUGCAGAAGGGUGACAUUGUCUACAUCCACAAGGAGGUGGACAAGAACUGGCUGGAGGGAGAGCACCACGGCCGCCUGGGCAUCUUCCCUGCUAAUUAUGUGGAGGUGCUGCCCGCAGAUGAGAUCCCUAAGCCCAUCAAACCCCCGACCUACCAGGUGCUGGAGUAUGGAGAGGCUGUGGCCCAGUACACCUUCAAGGGGGACCUGGAGGUGGAGCUGUCCUUCCGCAAGGGAGAGCACAUCUGCCUGAUCCGCAAGGUGAACGAGAACUGGUACGAGGGACGCAUCACGGGCACGGGGCGCCAAGGCAUAUUCCCUGCCAGCUACGUGCAGGUGUCUCGUGAACCCCGGCUCCGGCUCUGUGACGACGGCCCCCAGCUCCCCACGUCUCCCCGCCUGACCGCUGCCACCCGCUCAGCCCGUCACCCCAGCUCCCCCUCAGCCCUGCGCAGCCCAGCUGACCCCACCGACUUGGGGGGACAGACCUCCCCCCGUCGCACUGGCUUCUCCUUCCCCACCCAGGAGCCUAGACCCCAGACCCAGAAUCUUGGCACCCCUGGUCCAGCUCUGUCCCACUCUCGAGGUCCCAGCCAUCCCCUGGACCUGGGGACCUCCUCUCCUAACACCUCUCAGAUACACUGGACCCCGUACCGGGCGAUGUACCAGUACAGGCCCCAGAACGAAGACGAGCUGGAGCUGCGCGAGGGGGACAGGGUGGACGUCAUGCAGCAGUGUGACGAUGGCUGGUUUGUGGGUGUCUCCCGGAGGACCCGGAAAUUCGGAACGUUCCCUGGAAAUUACGUUGCCCCGGUGUGAGUGGUCUCCAUGGCAACUUGGAGCCAGCCAGGAUGGGGUGGGGAGCGGUGGCACUCGUGGGAGGGAGAGGACCCCCGCCCACCUCCUCCUUCCCCAGGACCUGAGCUCCCAGCAUCUGCAGACGACCCCCGCAGCCUUUCCCUCGGACCCCCCUCGAAGCCCCCUGGACUGAUUCCCACCCACGACUCACAGGCAUUCCUCCCACAGCCCUUUCAUUUCCUCCCCACCCCACUCCCCAAAUACAGAGGUCUGCUUUGAAGCGGAGACCAUUUCCAGGCCUUAUUGAGACCAGACCCCAAGUCCCCCACCCCCAUCCUGCUCCAGCGUUUCCUCUAACAGGGACCAGCUCUCCGCUUUGCCCCCACGGGGUUCCUCUAAACAGAACCAGCUUCCUAGCCUCGUAGAGACCAAAGGCCGCCCCUGCCUGCUGGGGUUCCUCCCACCACCCCAGCUUGCUGGCUGCCCUCUUUGCCUUCUGGCCUCCAGCUGGGUGUGGGGGGGCAGAGCAAGGCGGGGGACAGACGCAGCACCUUCUUAGCGAUCUAGGCCUGGCAAGAGCUCUGGCCCCAAGGCCUCCUCUUCCCAGGGGCUGCCAAGUCCUGGCCCUGGCCCUGGCAUAUCACCCCGCACUGUGGGGCCAGGCACCACUAGCCUGGCUCAAAUAUUCCCCAGGGAGACUGCUGUGUGCUGCCCGCCUGCCUGCUGGCUCUCCCCCAGCCCCACAUCCCCUCUGGAAGAGAAUGUAAAAUAAACCUGGACACAAGGGA